GUUUACGCUCGCCCACCGUCAGGUUUUCAUAAUCUAUCGUAUUCAAAUUUUAAGCUCAACGAACACAAAUCAUCAAUAUGCCCCCCAAAGCUGCUGAGAAGAAGCCUAGCACUGGCGGCAAGGCCCCCGCUGGCAAGGCCCCCGCUGAGAAGAAGGAAGCUGGAAAGAAGACUGCCGCUGCUGCCACCGGUGACAAGAAGAAGCGUGGAAAGACCAGGAAGGAGACCUACUCCUCUUAUAUCUACAAGGUGCUCAAGCAAGUUCACCCCGACACUGGAAUUUCUACUCGCGCCAUGUCCAUCCUGAACUCCUUUGUCAACGAUAUCUUCGAGCGCGUUGCAACUGAAGCUUCUAAGCUCGCUGCCUACAACAAGAAAUCGACUAUCUCAUCGCGAGAGAUCCAGACCUCUGUGAGGCUCAUCCUCCCCGGUGAAUUGGCGAAGCACGCGGUGUCGGAAGGCACCAAGGCUGUGACGAAGUACUCCUCUUCCGCCAAAUAAGCUGUUUCAUUCUGUGCUUUGCGUUUUUCUUUUUCUUUCCCCCCUUGUGUUUUCGCAGGAUUUGUUCAUUUAUUUUUUUACCUUUUUUUUUUUGCUGCCUCGCUAUCUGCAGCGGUUCUGAGGCGGUGGGUUUCAGGGUGUUCGCGGGAUUUCUAAUGUGUCAUGGGAUGGCUUUAUUUUUUCCCCUUGGGCCAAAUGUCUUUUAUGGUUG